CGUUCAGAGUCAGGAUCAAGGCAGGAAGCAGGUACAGGGGCUCAUCAGGCUGGGCAGCGGACAGAGGCACAUCAGGCUGGGCAGCGGACAGAGGCACAUCAGGCUGGGCAGUGGACAGAGGCACAUCAGGUGGAGCAGCGGGCACCGGGCCAUCAGGCGGAGCAGCGGGCACCGGGCCAUCAGGUGAGGCAGCAAGCACCGGGCCAUCAGGCAAGGCAGCGGGCACCGGGUCACCAAGCUCGACAGUGGGCACCGAGUCAUCUGGCACGACAGCAGGCACCGAGUCAUCUGGCACGACAGCGGGCACCGAGUCAUCUGGCACGACAGCGGGCACCGAGUCACCAAGCUCGACAGCGGGCACCGAGUCACCAAGCUCGACAGCGGGCACCGAGUCACCUGGCACGACAGCGGGCACUGAGCCACCUGGCACGACAGCGGGCACCGAGU